UUUCUGAUGUUAUGGCAUGUUUGACUAUUACAGAUACUUCAUUCGAACCUUCUGUUGCACUGGCAAGUCUUGUGCAGCACAUACCGUUACAGAUGAUUACAGUACUCAUCAGGAGCCUUACUACAGAUCCAAAUGUGAAAGAUGCAAGUAUGACUCAAGCCUUGUGCAGGAUGAUCGACUGGUUGUCCUGGCCUCUGGCUCAGCAUGUGGAAACGUGGGUGAUUGCACUGCUGAAAGGACUGGCUGCAGUCCAGAAAUUUACCAUCCUCAUAGAUGUCACUCUGCUUAAGAUUGAAUUGGUCUUUAAUCGACUUUGGUUUCCUCUAGUGAGGCCUGGUGCCCUUGCUGUCCUUUCCCACAUGUUACUUAGUUUUCAGCAUUCUCCAGAAGCCUUCCAUUUGGUUGUUCCACAUGUGGUCAGUUUGGUUCACUCCUUCAAAAGAGAUGGCUUACCUUCCAGUACAGCCUUUUUGAUGCAGUUGACUGAGUUGAUACACUGUAUGAUGUAUCAUUAUUCAGGAUUUCCAGAGCUCUAUGAACCUAUUCUGGAAGCUGUUAAGGAUAUGCCCAAACCUACUGAAGAGAAGAUUAAGUUGAUUCUCAGUCAGAGUGCCUGGACUUCUCAAUCCAGUUCUUUGCCAUCUUGUUUAUCUAGACUUUCUGGAAAAUCUGAAACUGGGAAGACAGGUCUGAUUAAUCUAGGAAAUACUUGCUACAUGAACAGUGUUAUUCAGGCACUUUUUAUGGCUACAGAUUUCAGAAGACAUGUUUUAUCUCUGAAUCUAAAUGGGUGUAAUUCACUAAUGAGAAAAUUACAGCAUCUUUUUGCAUUUUUGGCCCAUACCCAGAGGGAGGCAUAUGCUCCUAGAAUUUUCUUUGAGGCUUCCAGACCACCAUGGUUCACCCCUCGAUCCCAGCAGGAUUGCUCAGAAUAUCUCAGAUUCCUGCUAGACAGGCUGCAUGAAGAAGAGAGAACCUUGAAAGCAUCAUUUCCUGAAAGUAUAAUGAAUGAGAAGUCCCAGGCACAAGAAGCUGUCCAUAAAGCACAAGUAUUUGCUGAAGCACGUUGUAUGGGAAGUGAAGAAAGAACUCUGAUAGAGAAGAUGUUUGGAGGAAAAUUGAAGACUACUAUAUGCUGUUUGAACUGCAAAAGUAUGUCUCAAAAGGAAGAAGCUUUCACAGAUCUCUCUCUGGCUUUCUGCCCUCCAGCUUCCUUGGAGAAGGUUGGCCCAAAAUGUAUGGAAUGUUCUGAAGUGAAAGAUGACUACAUGGUGCAAACUAAUACUUCAGCAACUAGUCCUGCUGGAGAAACACCUCCCAGUAAUUUGGAAGUAAAUGGAUGUGACACAGUAAUGAAUGAAGGAUCCAUAAAAGAUUUUUCUACUGAGCCAAACUCUGAGAAUACGACAAAUUCUGAACUCAACAAAGCUCAAGAUAAUAGGGAUAUGUCUCAGAGGCUAGUAGGUAAAAACACCCUAUCAGUUACAGACUUACUGAAUUACUUUCUGGCACCUGAGAUCCUCAGUGGAGACAAUAAGUAUUAUUGUGAAAAAUGUGCCUCUCUACAGAAUGCUGAGAAAACUAUGCAAAUCAUUGAGGAACCUGAAUACCUCAUUCUCACUCUUUUGAGAUUUUCAUAUGAUCCAAAGUGUCAUAUAAGGCGCAAAAUCUUGGACAAUGUGUCUCUGCCUCUUGUUUUGGAACUGCCAGUCAAAAGAGCAACAUCCCCUCUAGCUGUAGUUUCAGGAGGUUGGCCUGUUGGUGUUGAGAUUUCUGAUAUUGGAGAAAAUCUUGCUAAAAAACUGAAGCCCUCAGGUGCUGAUGAAGUGACCUGCCCACAGUUGGUGCCCUAUGUGUUAAGCUCUGUGGUGGUGCAUUCUGGUGUGUCCUCUGAAAGUGGACAUUAUUACUCAUAUGCUAGAAAUGUUACUGGGUCAGGGCCUUCGGAACUCUACCAUCAGUCUACAGCUCUUUCUUUAGUUUCUUCUCAGGAUAAGUUGUUGACAGAGGACAGUCCUUGUACUGUUGUAGAAAAUGAGCUGGACACUGAGAUGCCAAGAGAAUGGUUUCUGUUCAAUGACAGCAGAGUGACAUUUACUUCAUUUCAGUCAGUCCAGAAAAUUACAAGUAGAUUUCCAAAGGACACUGCUUAUGUUCUGUUUUACAAAAAACAAAAUAGCACCUGUGGCUUCAACACCAAUUCGGCAAAUGGACUCUGGGUAAAUGGAGACCCUCCUCUACAAAAAGACCUCAUGGAUGCAAUUACGAAAGAUAACAAACUGUACUUGCAGGAGCAAGAGCUUAGUGCUAGAACACAAGCACUUCAAGCUGCCUCAGCCUCCUGCUCUUUCCGACCCAAUGGAUUUGAUGACAACGACCCCCCAGGAAGUUGUGGCCCGACAGGUGGAGGAGGAGGGGGUGGGUUCAGUACUGUUGGUAGAUUAGUUUUUUGACUAUGAAGACAGCCUGGAAUACACUGGUUCCAAAGCAGCCCAGUACUGUGGAGGACAACUAAAAUAUUGAACUUUGCAGAUAUUGUACCAAGUUUUGAGACUUGAUCCUUGUUCAAAAGCAAAUGUUGGGGUUUUUUUGGUUAUGUUUUAUUUGAAAUAAAUAAGUGCAUAAUGGAAAAAA